AUGGCAACCACCUUCUCCGCUCUCCCGAUCGUUGACCUGUCGCCUCUCUCCAAGGGCCCGAAACUAUCCGUCGAAGACCGGAAUAAGCUCGCAGGCGAGCUGCACGAGGUGUUCAAGACAGUCGGCUUUGCGUAUCUCGUUAAUCCUCCGCUCUCCUUCUCGCACGAUGAUGUCUUUGGCACGGCAAAGGAAUUCUUCGGAAUGCCCGAGGAGGAGAAGAUGUGCGUCGCCAAGAAGACGUUCCGUCCUGCAAAUUCCAACACGUAUCGCGGCUACUUUCCCGCUCAGCUGGGUGACGAUAACCUCAAAGAAGGCUUUGAAGUCGGCCCGACUCCAACUCCCACAUCCGCACGUCCACCCCUAUCUCCCUUCAACUUCACAGAACCCAAUCUCUUCCCCCCGCCCGACUACUUCCCCGCUUCCUCACGCGCCAGAUGCGAGCAGCUGCACACCGAGCUGCAAUCUCUCGGCAGCGCCCUCCUCUCCCUCCUCGCUCACGCGCUUGACUCGCCCGCGUUCGAUCCAGACAUGCUCCUCCAAGGCAGCGCGUCGACGCUGCGCCUCCUGCACUACCCCUCUCCGCCCGCGUCGUCGACGCAGGAGCUCAGCUGCACACCACACACCGACUCGGGCCUGCUCACGCUUCUGCACCAGGACAGUACGGGCGGCCUCGAGGUACUCAAUGCCGCGGGUGAGUGGAUACCCGCGCCGUAUGUACCAGGCAGCCUCGUUGUCAAUAUCGGCGAUCUCAUGGCGCAGCUGAGCGGCGGGACGUACGUCGCGACGCGGCAUCGGGUCAGGGUGACGCGGGGGAAGAGUAGGUACAGUGUGCCGUUUUUCUGCGAGCCGGGGGUGGAUGCGGUUGUCCCGAGCCCAGAUGGGGUGGUGCGGUACGAGGAAUUCGUGCUGGGGAAGAUGAAGACGUGGGUUGAGUUCCAGGAUUUGCCGGACGAUAAUGCUGAGAAAGAAACGUGGAAGGCCGAGGCGGCGAACUUGGUGUCUGCGGCUGCGUGAACUACCUGUAAAUAUAUCUCGCAGUGUAUAUCGGGUGUUGACAAUGUACAAAGGUUUCCAACGAACACUUGGCCAACGAACUUCAGAAACAAAACUACAACCUCGAUAGCGGAUCGUAGGUAGCCUGCGCGCUUCGCG